GCGGAUCGCAGGCGGGAGGAGGCGCGAGAAGUGGCGUGCGCUCUCUCUUCUUCCACGGCAUGUCAGCCGCGGAGAGGGAGCUCGGGCAGCGAGCGACUCCAGGCCAACAGCUCUAGGAGCGGCGAAGUGGGGGGUUGGGUUAUAUGCUGCCAUCGCCGGAACAGCUCGUCUGUUGCUGGGCGCGCAGAGACAAUAGCAAGGUGAGGCGAAAGGCGAGGACGGAGAGCAUCAGGCACAGGCGUUUCCAGUCCGUGUCUACGAUGGCGGCGAUGGUGGUCCCGCUGUUGCUGGGGCUUCUCCACCUUGCCGUUGCUGGACUUGCUCAAAGUCCACCACCUGGUACGGUACAGAUCGAAAGCUUCACCUAUUCUGGCUCUGGCUGCCCUCCUGGAAGUGUCUCCUUCGAUGAACCGAUGCUCACUGUCAUUUUCAGCUCGGACGCCCCAGAAGGUCGACGCCACCGGCGGAAAAACUGCCAACUGGAAUUCCGCCUGAGCUAUCCUACUGGGUUCGUGUUUACUCUGGAGAGAGUGACAUUCCGAGGGUACGCCCAGUUCGAGCAAGGCGCCAAGGCCUCACUGGCUACCGAGUACUCCUUGUCCGGUAUUCCAGAGAGCGUCAGAGUCGUGCGCAACCUGCCUCCUCCCGUGGAAGGCAACUUUGAGUUCACCGAGCAGUUCAACACCUUUAUCUAUCCACCGUGUAGCAGUGAUUCGGUGCUGUUCAUUAUAAAGUUCCAGGCAAGAGUGCCUCCACCCCCGAGCUCGAUCACCGAUGUCAGCCUUCAAUUUGUUCUGCGCUGGAAGAAGUGCUAAGGGCAUACUCGUACCGAAGCGUUUCUGGAGCAUCUGACGGCAAAUGCAGCGGGAUCCAGUUCAGAAAAAGCCGUAGUGUGAGCAUGCCCUAAGCUGAUUUACCCAGGCGUCAACAACAGGGAGGGCGGUCGUUCGACAUCCGCAAGCCACUUUGAGAGAAGCAGAAUAAGCGACCGGGAGGGGAUGAACUUGCAGAUGAGUGGAUGAAUCUAUCUAUCGGUCAGCAGCUGCAUUGUCAGGGGCGCGCGGUCAGCUAAGAACUGCCUGCCGACAUCACUCACACAGUUGAUCGGACGUGUGUGAGUGUCCGAGAGCACUUUGCUGAUGGAGCUCAAUGGGAAGCCUAGCCAGUUGUGGAACUGGUCAGUCAACGAUCAUURUAAUUAUAUAUAGAGUACGUACUCAAUGUCUGGCAGGCGAGCGAGUUUCCACGUCAUGUAAUUUCUACGCCUGGAAAAGAAUAUGCUGGCAUGUAGCACUUCCGGUGGUGGGGAAGACCCCAAGCCGAGCGCGAGAACUGUUGCGUAAAGAUGAAGCAGCUGGCCGUAACGAACAACAAGGCAGGCUACUUAGCGCUCUCUCUCUCUCUCUCUCUCUCUCUCUCUCUCUCUCUCUCUCUCUCUCUCUCUCUGUUUUUUUUGUUCGCUAGCUCGCUUGCUCCAUGUGUUAGUGUGUGACACACAUCUUCAGAGACAGUGCGGGUAGACACCCACAGCAGGCGCUCAGGGUUGCAGCUGAAUUUCGCAGUUCAAUUCAGAGGGGGUAUCUCGACCGCGGAGGCACGAAGUGGGAUAUUAUUAGAGUGAAACGGAUCUCUUCUCGUAAAGAAGAAUCGUCUUUUCCAAUGAAUUCCUGCCUGUGUG